GUAAUAGAUUCUGGGAAACAAAUUUUCUUUGCAUAACUAAGACGGAGAGAGAGAGAGAGAGAGAGAAAAAGUAGACUAUUUUACUGAAGAAGAAUCAAGAAUUCAAGAGUGGCAUCAUCUCUCUUCCUCGACCUCGAGCCCCAACCUUCCUUUCUCUCUCUACACCAUUUUAAUUUGCUGAACAAAAAACAAAGGCAGGCAGCGUCUGUAUAAUGUGUGACUGAAAUCUUCUUUUGCUGGGUGGGUAAUAACCAUUUCACAACACAUUUGCGCUCUUCUUCUCUAAACCACCACCUGUCCCAGGAAAAAAGAAAUUACUUUUGCAAAACCCCCCACAUCCUUCCAAGAAACCACCUUUUUUCGAUUUCAGUCCAGUAGCCUACUUUUCAAACAACGCAGACACAAGUGGCCGGGGAGCUGAGGAGAAGAGAAUAGAGGACCCAAAUGGGGUGUGUAGCUUCUAAGUUAGAGGAAGAAGAAGAAGUGGUUUCCAUAUGCAGAGACAGAAAAAAACAACUCAGACUUACUGUAGACAGAAGGUACACUCUAGCUGAUGCUCAUCAUAAAUAUUUUCAAGCACUCAAUGGAGUCUCAGCAGCUCUCAAGCUAUUUGUAGCUCGCCAUUCUUUACCUUCUUCUCCAUAUCUCAUUACCUUGCCACCACCGAGCCCCUCUUCUCCUCCUAAUAAACAAAAUCUGGUCUCAACUUCGCCACUGUUUCUUCAACAAAAGCCUUCUCACCCAACCCAAGAAUCCAUCGCCUGUGUAGACUCAUCCAAGUGUGCAACCCAACCAGAAGACUCUUCUGAGGAACAAGUAAGAGAGGAGAAAUUUGAGAAGAAAGAAGAGAAGGUGCAACAAGCACCUGUUUGUGGGUAUUUCUAUAUGGAAAUGCCUCAAGAGAUAUUGCAUUCAACACCCACUGAUUUUGGUUGGGAUUUCUUCAACCCUUUUAAUGGUGUUAGGCCAGAGGUUGUUAAUGGAUAUAAUCAGAUUUCGGAGGAGGAUUUGAAGGCAGUGAGGGAGAGAGAGGGCAUUCCAGACUUGGAGAAAGAAGAAGAAGAAGAAGAAGAAGACAGCGGUAGUGGUGGAAAGAAAGAAGAGUGUCAGGUGGUAGUGGCAGCAGUAGAUAAUGAGAAUGUUGAGGAGCACAAUAAGGAGAAUGGGGUUGAGGAUGUAAAGGCAGUGGAGGAGCACAAGGGGGGGAUGACAGUUAUGGAUACACCAUUAGAGGGGAGAGAGUUGCUUGAAGCAUUGAAGGAUAUUGAAGAUCAUUUCACAAGGGCAUAUGAUUCUGGGAAGGAAGUGUCCAGGAUGUUGGAGGCCAAUUGGGUUCACUCUCAACCAAAUUUGGAGGAUUUGAAAGAACACUCAACAAAACUAGCACUCACAUGGCUCCCUACUCCGUCACAUUCACUCUCAUCUAAGAGUCUCGUGGCAUCUAGCUCAAAAAGUUCUUCAACAUGGACAGAGUUCACAAAUGAUCUCUUUGGCGAUUAUGGGGGAAUGGGAUCUGGAAGUCAUUCCCUGACACUAGGGAGGCUUUAUGCUUGGGAGAAAAAGCUGUAUGAAGAGGUUAAGAAUGGGGAUAGCACUUGGAAAUUGUAUGAGAAGAAAUGCAACAAACUAAGGAAUCAAGAUGCAAGAAGAGAUGGAGGAAAGAAACCAGACAAAACUAGAGCAGCAGUAAAAGAAUUAUACAGCAGGAUCCUAGUUACGGUUCGGAGUGCUGAAACAAUAUCAAAAAGAAUUGAGAAACUUAGAGACGAGGAGUUGCAACCACAAAUAAUUGAACUUCUUCAAGGAAUGAUGAGAACUUGGAAAAUUAUGUUGGAAUCCCAUGAAAUUCAAAAGAAGAUUAUGUUUGAAGUGACAAGUUUUAACUGUCCUACCUAUGGAAAAUUUUGCAACGAUUCACAUCGUCUUGCAACACUCCAGUUUGAGGUUGAACUUCAAAAUUGGCGUUCAUGCUUUACAGAAUAUAUUGCAGCCCAGAAGGCGUACGUUGAAUCCCUCCAUGGUUGGUUGUCUAAGUUUGUGGUGUCUGAAGUUGAGUUCUACUGCAGAGGUAGAAGUGGCACACCACCAUGCCGGACCAAUGGCCCUCCACUUCUCACAAUUUGUCAUGAUUGGUUGUCUGCCAUGAAUAAGUUGCCCGACAAGUCAGUGUCUUGCGCACUAAAAUCCUGUGUAAAAGAUGCAAGGGCUCUGUGGGUUCAACAGGGAGAGGAACAACAACAAAAGCGAAAAGUUGACAGCUUGUCAAAAGAACUGGAGAGAAAAACCCUGGCAUUCCAAAAGGCUGAGAAUAGAAUUUGUGAAUUCAAGCUCACAGAUAGGAACUCAGAAUUGGAGAUUGAGCACAGGGCAGAGUAUCUAAAAGAACGGAAAGAUUUGCUUGACAAUUUGCGUAAGAGGGUUGAUUCGGAAAGGGAAGAGCACAGAAAAUGUAUGAAAGAAACAGAGAGAAUCACAUUGAGAGGCUUUCAGUGUGGAUUUGGUAGAGUUUUCGAGUCUGUCACAGAAUUCUCUAUAGUAGCUUCGAAAAUGUACAAUGAAGUUUUAAGCACUUGGGAAAAUUCUCAAAAAGCUGGGAACCCAACUUACAUAGAGGGCUCUCAAGCUGAAGAUGUCAAAAGAUGAUAUAUGUAUGAUGGACAAAACACGAGGGAGGAUUGGAUUUGAAUGGGUUGAGAGAUUUAGGUUGUGCCAAAGCAGCUCGCUGAGGCACCAUAGUCGGUAGUUAUUUAUUUGUCAUUUCUCACUGUCUCACUUAAGGAAAAAUGCUGUGUUGACUGUUGAGUAUGCUUACCUUGCCCCCUUAAGCUUGUAAAUUUCAUGAUUCUCUCA